AUGAACAAAACGGGUCCACGUAACCGACUUAAAGGAUUUCUCCCCUUUCUUGGGGGUGAAUUGAUUAUCUAUCUAUCUAUCUAUCUAUCUAUCUAUCUAUCUAUCUAUCUAUCUAUCUAUGUACAAAAGUAUGUCAACGAAUCUCGAUACUCAUUCGGAGAAUUCGUUCUUUGUAUAACUUGUUCCUUCCGUCAUUCCAUCUGUCCAUCUUUAUCUCUCUUUCAAUAUUCUUCGCUUUCCGAUUCUUCCAUUUGUCGCCUACUCUUUCUGCUACCACGCAUUUUGCAAUCUUUCAUUCUUCCAGUAAUUUCUUUCUUUCUUUCUUUCUUUCUUUCUUUCUUUCUUUCUUUCUUUCUUUCUUUGCCUCAUUUUUCUCCAUUUAUAGUCGCAUUUUUGUUUCAUUUGCACGAUAUUUUUUACGCUUCUCUUGCUGUUAUCACAGACCUUUUCAACUUUUGUUUGUUUGUUUAUUUAUUUCCAAAUAUCAUUCUCUCAUUUUCCCCGUUUCCAUUUUGUUUCAUUUACCGGAUUUGA